UAUUUUUUUUGCAGUUUAUUAACAACCAAUGUAGCUUUGAUACAUCUGAAUUCUAGAAUUGGGACUGUCUGACUGACGGUGUCGUAGUAAUGAAUCUGCCAUUGAACAAAUCUGGUGGAAGAGGAAGACCAAGUCUAAAUUUGAGAUUUUCUUUGCCGCCUGGAAAUGCAGGUGUAUCACCAGGACAAGCUAGGAUAACUCCUAAUUUUCCAGUACCCAUUGUAAGACAACCAGUUCAACCAAUUUUAACUCCAGAAAAUUUAUCGAGCAUCGGAAAACUCAUCAUAGGACCUUCACAGGUGUAUGAUUUUACUUCGAAAGAUUUGACGGAUGAAGGAGAAAUAGGCCGUGGUGCUUUUGGCACUGUAAAUCGUAUGAGACAUAACGAUAGCGGUAAACAGAUGGCUGUGAAACGAAUCCGAUCCACUGUGGAGGAGAAAGAACAAAGACAGCUUCUCAUGGAUUUAGAUGUGGUUAUGAGAAGCAAUGAUUGUCCCUACAUAGUUCAAUUUUAUGGCGCAUUAUUUUGGGAAGGAGAUUGUUGGAUAUGCAUGGAGUUGAUGUCUACCUCUCUCGACAAAUUUUAUCGAUUUGUUUAUAAAAGAUUAAAUAGUGUUAUUCCUGAAGAAAUUUUGGGGAAAAUUGCCGUGGCAACUGUUGAAGCCCUGAAUUACUUAAAGGAAACUCUUCAAAUAAUACACAGGGAUGUUAAACCUUCCAACAUAUUAAUCGAUAGAUUUGGAAAUAUUAAAUUGUGUGAUUUUGGAAUUAGUGGACAGCUGGUUAAUUCAAUUGCGAGGACUCAAGAUGCUGGUUGUAAACCCUAUAUGGCACCAGAACGUAUUGAUACAAAUCAAUCAAGAGAUGGUUACGAUGUUCGGUCCGAUGUGUGGAGUCUUGGCAUCACAAUGAUUGAACUAGCUACUGGAAAGUUUCCAUAUCCAAAAUGGAACAGUGUUUUUGAUCAACUUACUCAGGUUGUCAAAGGAGAUCCACCCACACUCCACAAUUCUGAUGAUCGUUUUUUCUCGGAUGGCUUUUUAACGUUUGUUAAUACCUGCUUGAUCAAAGACACUGAACGUCGUCCUAAAUAUGGUCGAUUGAUCCAGUUGCCGUUUCUUAUUCACAUGGUGCAACGGCAAGUCAAUCUUUCCCAAUAUUUUUGUUCUAUAUUGGACAAUAUGACAGAAGCAGAUUUUCGAGGUGGGUCGGAAGAUACAUGAAUUUGCAAAGAGAUUUUCUGACAGCAGUAUCGACCAAUGUUCCAAAUCGUUGAUUCUUGCUUUUUUAUUGGUCUCUGUUAUUCGUAAGUCCAUGCAUGAUCAGGUGCAAUCAGUUAAAUAAGCAAUUGUCUUCUUACUCACCUUCGAAAUUGAAAUUUUUUUGAGAAUACCUUGAAUGUAAAAUGAGGGAUAAUAAACUGAUGAUUUUUCGAAUUUUUUCGAAAUUUCGAAAAUAUUCAUGACCCAUCAAGAUAUUUUGUUGGGCAAUUUUAUUCAAAAUUUCUCAACUUUUGAACCAAGUUUUACCCAAUAUGUUGUUAAAAAUAUAUCCAUAUUUGUGAAAUGAAUAUAGAAUUUCCAUUUAUAGCCCCUAGCUGUUUUGAUUUUAAUUUCAAUGGUAGGAUUUACCAUCCCACUGUUAGCAUCAUGCCUGAUUUUUUUUACUUUUUAUCAUUUUUCUUGUUUUUAAGUUUGUCUUUCAAGUUUUUUCAUGUUUUUCAUGAAUUUGGCAGUCAGUCUGCGGAUUAUUUUCUGAAACUGCUGGAUCUUUUUGGAGUAAAAUUUAUAAUUUCUUGAACUUGAUUUUGGUAAAUUCAGAAUGAUUUCAUUUUUCAUGAAAUAUGGAAUCAUAUUUUAGGAAAAAUUAUUCCACUUUGAUAUAAAAAUAUAUUGGUUAAAUGGUUACAUUAGUUUCUGGUUCUAUUUGAAUUGAAAUUCUUUCUCUUGGUACAGUAGCAUCAUAUUUUUAUUCUUUCUAAAGUUUUAUAGCAAAUGAAUGAAAUGAAUAAUUAUUGUUAAAUGAUAUGAUACUUGUUAUACAUUCCUAAGAAAAUUUGCAAUCAGGAAAUUCCAUGCACUUUUGGUUCUGUGAGAUUUAUACUUGAGAUAUUCCCAACCAAUGAUAAAAGGUUUCACAAUUUUUCUCGAUAUAUUUCUUACUCAAAAAAUGAAAUGAGUCAACAACUCACUCACAUGACUAAGUUGCUUUCCAACAACAUGUCAUCACUUGAAGAAAGUAUUUCAACCAAUUUUUAUGCCCCUCUGGAACAGUGAUUGCUAUCGUCGGUUCGUGGUAUAUUGUAGGUGAGACCAAUGAUUUUAAACAGUUGCAUGAUAUAAUAUAACUUAUAAUCUUGCGUCUACCAUGAUCGGUUAAAACUGCUCGGAUCUGAAAACAUCUUAUAUUUUUCAAGACAUACCCAAUGUUUGUGUUACUGUUUGCGUUCAAUCUAGCAUAUUUGAAAUCUGUGUACAUAUAUAAAUGUUUUUGUUCGUCAUUCUAUAUAGUAAUGAUGUUUUCUAUCACUGCUGUAAUUUCAACUGUAAACAUAGUUGAUUUUAAAUGUAAACUGUUCAGGUAACCGAUGAUAAAAUACUCAGUUCUGUAGCUGAAAUAUAGUCUGCAAGUUGUGAAUUGCUUUAUUUUUGUUGUUGCCAUUCUCCAUGCCUAAACUUUGAACAGUUAAGCAAACAAUAUCAUAACUUUGAAAAUCAUGAAAGUCAUAGUAUAAAAUCUAUUUAAUAUCUGGUGUUCAUUGAAUCCAUAUUAAGAGACAAACGAUUUGCAAUUAUAGUAUAAAAAUGCUGGCAUCGAGUUUGUAUUUUUCUGGUCCAACGUGCGAGUUUCGGCUGAACUCUGUAUUAUGUUAAUAUAGUUUUUAAUACCAGUUAUCAUUGUGGUAAUUGUAUUAAUUAAAUAUUACGCAAAUUGCGA